CUCCCAGCGGCCCCCGCGGCUUCCGGUUGGCAAGAUGGUGGCGCGCAGGAGGAAACGUGGGGCGCGGGACCCGGAGCAGGGAAUUCCGAGCCCGCCAGGUUACUCAGCCAUCCCGAUCAAGUUCUCGGAAAAGCAGCAGGCUUCUCACUACCUCUAUGUGAGAGAGCACAGAGUUCGAGAAGGCACCAAGUCUUCCUGGCCUCAGAAGCGGACCCUUUUUGUCCUCAAUGUGCCCCCAUACUGCACAGAGGAGUGCCUGUCCCGCCUCUUCUCCCCCUGUGGCCCCGUCCAGUCCGUGCAGUUACAGGAGAAGCCAGACCUCACUGACAGCGCAGAGGAGCCAAAGUCAAAGUUUUUUCACCCCACGCCCGUUCUGGGCUUCCAGGUGGCCUACGUGGUGUUCCAGAAGCCAGGUGGGGUGUCUGCUGCCUUAGUCCUCAAGGGCCCUUUACUGGCCUCGACAGAGAGUCACCCUGUGAAGAGCGGCAUCCACAAGUGGAUCAGCAGCUACGCAGACUCGGUGCCAGACCCUGAGGCCUUGAGGGCCGAAGUGGACACGUUCAUGGAGGCGUAUGACAAGAGGAUAGCUGAGGAGGAGGCCAAGGCCAAGGAGGAGGAAGGGGUUCCGGACGAGGAGGGCUGGGUGAAGGUGACCCGUCGGGGCCGGCGGCCCGUGCUGCCGCGGACAGAGGCGGCCAGCCUGCGGGUGCUGGACAGGGAGAGGCGGAAGCGCGCCCGCAAGGAGCUUCUCAACUUUUACGCCUGGCAGCACCGAGAGACCAAGAUGGAGCAUCUAGCCCAGCUGCGUAAGAAGUUCGAGGAAGACAAGCAGAGGAUCGAGCUGAUGCGGGCACAGCGCAAGUUCCGACCCUACUGAGCCGAGCUGGUCCCGGGGCUCCACAGAGGGGCAGUGAGCGGUGGCAGUGUGUGGCCGGGGAGGACAUGAAGGCCUGGAACACUCGUCCCAGACUGCCCAGGCCCGGGGGCUGCCACAUCAACCCCC